GAUCCGUGGCUCUGCUGCAAGCAAAACAGAGCUCCACUCAAAGAACCGAGAGUGGCACUACGCUCGAUCGCCAUGACCUUAUCUUAUCUUCAGCUCCAUCCUCCUCCUACUCUCAGCCCCAACUCUUCGAGUUCCGCAGGCCCAGUUCCUCUCCACCCUCAAUCCCACCAUCUCAGCUUCCCCUUCCCAUCAAAAUCCACAUCGCCCCAAGCACUCCCGAGCAGCUCCAGCGCAGCUUCCCCUGAGAAAUGGCGGGCCAAAGUUUCCUUCUUUCCCGCAUUCUUGAAGAAGGGAAAGGACGCACAGGCCCUGAAGGAGGAGCUUCUUGAUGCUAUCGCGCCGCUUGAUCGUGGGGCCGAGGCCACCCCCGAGGACCAGCAGAGAGUCGAUGAGAUGGCUCGCAGGCUCGAGGCAGCAAACCCGACAAAGGAGCCGCUCAAAUCUCCUUUGCUUAAUGGGAAGUGGGAGCUCAUAUACACCACCUCACAAUCGAUUCUGCAGACCCAGAGACCUAAGUUCUUGAGAUCAACCACAAACUACCAAGGGAUCAAUGUGGAUACUCUGAGGGCCCAAAAUAUGGAGUCUUGGCCAUUCUUCAAUCAGGUGACAGCAGAUCUAACUCCUUUGAAUUCGAGGAAGGUGGCUGUGAAAUUUGAUUAUUUCAAGAUUGCGGGACUGAUACCCAUCAAGGCACCGGGAAGAGCGCGUGGGGAACUCGAAAUCACGUAUCUAGAUGAGGAACUGCGAGUAUCGAGAGGAGACAAGGGAAACCUCUUCAUCUUAAAAAUGGUCGAUCCUUCCUACCGUGUCCCUGUAUCAAAGGAGCAAGCUGCGUAAUGCUAGGGCAUGUAUGGUAUUUUGUUCCACCGGAAAGGAGCUAGUAUAGCAUACCAUACCAUACCCUUUCAGUUGUUUGAGGGGUCUGCUCUAAAGAUAUUCCAUGACAGGAAGUCUCUCCCUGUGACAUCACAGAUGAAAGUUGUAUGAUUCACGGAAAGGUCUAGUUUUUCGGCCUACAUAAAUUUUCUUCAGGAGAAUUAGACUUACACUUUGCAUCAAAGCGUUACUUUAACGGAAGGUUUUGUUCCAACUGUUCA